GAUUAGAAGUAAGCUUUGAUUGGAUAUUUGAGGGGGAGUGAGUUUUACGAGUGCUGUCAAGAAAUAGUCUUCUAGAACAUUGGCCAUAUUUUAUAUUAGACACACACUUGUAACAGCAGGUAGGAACUGGUGUGCUUGCUGGGUGUGCCAAGAUCUGUCCCCGGCUUUCGUCCAAAUAACAUUCAGGUGUUGUUUGACAUGAGCUUAAACGACAGCCAUCUCCAUUCCUGUCGCUCAUGUCUUUUCUUCCCUCCACCCAUCAUUUUUCUGUCUUAACCUGCUCUAGAUGUCUCUCAUGGCCUGAAAGGGGAAAACGCUCAUUAAGUCCAUUCUUUUCUGUUCCGUUACCCUCAACAACCACAAACACACACUGGAAUUGUCAGAAUAAUUCUUGAAGGCAAGUAUGACAUCUUGAAUCCCGGUGCCAAGAACUCACAUGUCUUAAUGUCUUAAAAAAUAGAACUCUGCAUUACGGGGGCUCUUUUAGGACUUUAAUGGACAAGAGGACAGAGGAGUCCUUAAAGCGGUUGAGCGGGGGACUCAGACGCGUCUGCCUGAGAGAAGAAGCUGGUAUCCACGGUGAAGGACACGGGUGGGGUCUGAAAGGAGACCUUCUGGGCCUGAUGUCCUCUGGUCGACCCCAAAGACCCUCAACCUGAAGAAAGCGUAGCCGCUGUUUGACCCCAGGGUUAACCAUCCCGGCAUCGAGCUGCUACACGGGGCCUGCUCAUGGUGGGACCAACUGUCCGUAGAGAUCAUUUUACCUCCUGCAAACCAAACGACAGUAAGACAAGACGAGCAUCAUCCAUGGAGGCCAGCGGCAUGUCUGCGCUGUUGUACAGGAGGUCCAAACCCCUGGGGAAGGUGAGGCGACGGCUCCAAGACCUCCGCAUCCCUUCUUCCUCCUGCCGUGACUCCAUUCCGAACAGAGCCGAGUUGGACUUGAGCCACAACGAGAGCGCUCGACUGGCCGUGGACUCCCUCCUCAGCCGGGGGUUGGAGGGAUACCACGAGGUGUUGAACGCUGAGGGAGAAGUGGACUUUCUGUCGGCGCUGGAGAAGACUUACAUGCUGGAAAACGGGAGUGAUAGCAGCACAGUUGAUCCCGGUGCCUCUGAUGGGGACACUAAUGAAGCAGAGGGCUUGUAUUCUGGGUCCCAGUUUUUCACACAAUGUUCUACAGUUUCCACAGAGCCGGAUCCUACUGGAGCAGAUGUGAAGGUGACUGAUCCUGUCCUGGAUAAACCCAACAUUGAGUUUUAUUGGCAGUCCGACACCAGAGCGGCCGGCAUGAAAGACCUGCUCAGAGAGUUCAUCAGAAAAGCUGGAAUGGCCCUGGCUAUAGUGAUGGACGUCUUCAGUGAUGUAGAGCUGCUCUGUGAUCUUCUGGAGGCGAGCAGAAAGAGGAACGUGUCUGUUCAUCUACUGCUGGAUCGUCUCAACCUGAACCUGUUCGUCGACAUGUGGCAGGACCUCAAACUCGACAGCAAAAGCUUCCCUAAGCUGUCUGUGCGCAGCGUGGAUGGACAAACCUAUUGUGCCAAGACAGGGAGGAAGGUGACGGGUCACGUUAUGGAGAGUUUUAUCAUCACUGACUGGACUGAGGUGCUGACGGGCUCAUACAGUUUCUCCUGGCUGUCCUGGCAGGUCCAUCGUAGUCUUGCCAUCCUCAUUAAAGGCCCUGCGGUUACACCUUUCCAUAAGGAGUUCCUCAGGCUUUAUUCCAGCUCCAGACCAGUUCCCGGCUUCGUCACUUUCAUCACGGUGCCUCACACUCUUCCUCUUCACAACACGUUAGAGGGAGCGCAACGCGCUAACGCUGGUGGGUCGGGAUUAAGCCCGACCAAAACAAAGUGCCACGAUGUUUGGAAUCAAGAUGCUCAAAACACUCAGCCACGAGCAAAAAUCCGGCUUUCCUCCAAUCUGCAGAGAUGUCCACCUAGCCAGCCUCUACGCAGAGCCGGGUCUGGUACACAAAUUGGUGAAGAACCUCUUCAGCUGUACCCGAAGCCUCUCGUUCAAUCUGUGGGCAAAUCCAAGCAAACGAUGGGGGCGGUCCUCAGGCGGCAUGGCGCACAAAAAGACGCAGAGCCUCUGGAGGUGAAUCAAACCCCGAUCCAGAGUCACUCUAACCGCCUCAAUCUGACCCGCGUCUCACACGUUCAGUCUCAGCUUACCGGCCUCGACAUCAACGCCACGCCUGAGCAGCAGGAGACGGCGCGAGGGUCCCGCCGCGUGCGCACUGCUUCCCCUACACCAGGACAGCACUGGAUAGUCACCCAGCAAUCAACGUCCACGACUGAUCUCGAGCAAAGGAACAGGACCGAGCCUCGUGGGCCCGCUGCAGGUCCAGACACAGAAAGAGAAAGACGGACCUACUCAAAUAAAUGUGUAUCAAGAGUGGAGCAAGUAUGUGAAUGCCCCAGAGAACUGACCCCUUCCACAACGCAGCAAAAACAGGCGAGCACAGGCCUGUGGGUCCCUUUAAGAGACCCAAGAGGACCGACAGCUGGGCCACAGACUAACGCGUCCUCUCUGGGAACCAGGAGGCCGGAUCAUCCCCAGAUUCACCACCAGCACGCAGGUGGUUUACCAGGCACAGAUCUGCAGCAGGCAAGGCCCCCUCCCAGACUGGACUGGAUGGCCCAGAGCCGCCUUGAAAGGCCGAGACCCAUCGCCCGCUACGGCUCCUUCACCAGCACCACCCGCAGGCCGGGACAGGUGGACCUGAGGCAGUUUCAGCGCAGUAUGAACACAUCUUUAGGGAGGAGCAUGUAUGAUUGACAGACACUCGGGAGGCUUCGAUCCGACGCUUGGGUGCACAGACUAGUCUCCAGCAGAGGUGUGAUAGAAGCUGCUGUGACACUUAUUCUACGUAACAAACACAGUGUCCAUCACUUAAUUUCUUAAUAAUUUAACGCAGAAUAGAAUAACAUUGUGAUGUAUUGUCCAACAAAUUUGACUAAUACCAGGUUACAUCAGGUUUUGAGUUUAGAAAUUCUAAAAAAAACAAGCAAGUACAUUAUUUUCCAUUUUGAUUUUAUUUCUAUAAAUGUUUUUAAACCUGGAAAGGUUUAAACCGUGCAAGUCCUUUUUAGCGCCCCUGAGUUGAAUGAUUAUUAUAACAGAACAGUUAAUGAAAUGUUAAUCGUGGUCGGUUUGAAGGUGCCUCGGGCAAUUAAAUAAAAACAUCUGCGCACUUGUGUCCCUCACAGAAGCUGCUUUUAGAUGUGUAACAUAAGAAAAUAAAGUCUCCCUUGUCAGCUGCACUGUACGAGUUGUAAGAGUUGUCAUCUUGAAUUUACUUUUCAAUUAAAGAAUAUACCCGUUUACUAUCCUAUUAAAACUUAACUUAGAUAUUUCUGUUACAUUGUAACGUU